AUGGAGCCAGAUUCUUCUUCGUGGGUUAAAUUGGUCCGAUUAAUUGCUGAGUCCCUUCAGAACGACGAUGUGGAUGAGGAUCUUUUUUGUUUAAGCCCUUCAUUCGACCCAAUUUUUUCUAAUCAGUCGCUAAAUGAUUCUGAGCAUGUGGAAUCCGCUUUGCGACGACAACUGUACGAAUGUCAUAAUGUCCCCGUGGUUUUUACUGAUGAGUUUAUAUACGAAGCAACUCUUCCGUUGUUUUGCCGUAUAAUGAGGAAAGCCCAGAACGACUUGAACUUUGGGAAUAAUCUAAUUUUGACGAUGGAAGCGAUCGCUAGGAAGUUGAAGCCGAACACAUUGGACAGAUCGCUGAUAGUUAAACACGAAGUAAGGUUGUUUUAUGGUUUUUCCUUGUAGGUACUUUGAAAAUGUUUAUAUUAUUUAGGAACCGCUGAAAGAAUUGGUAAAGCUUAUGAAUGUUGAGUGUUUCUGGGAGCUUAGAGAACAUGUUAUUGCAGUAUGGAAGUUGAUAUUGUUUGGAUUUGAAGCUGCUGGAAGAUAUCUAUUGAUCCGCCGACUCUAUUCUUUGAUCAUGGAUAAUGUGGUUCAACUGAAAUAUGAGCCGCAGACGAUUGCACUACUCAUCGAUUUCUACCGUCAAUCGUUGGACAAUGGUUUGAACAACGUUUUUAAAAAAGAGAUUUCGUUUUUCUACGGAGAUUUAUUGCGGGCAUCUUAUUCAGAUAUCGAAGCCGGGUUCCCUUUUUUUACUUCUGUUUGUUCAUUGCUUAAAUUUCACGCGUUGUCUGGUUUCGACAAGGAAUGCUUGAAAUCUGCCAAGGAUAGGUUGCUAGAGCCCAUCAAAAAUCAGAUUGAAGAUUAUGUUAAUCUUCAGAAGAUGAAGAACAAGGAAAGUGGAUAUGAAAAUGGCAGUCUUGAUCUCGUUUUGUUUUGUGUAAAUGAUACUUAUUCAGUUGUUAAGAGUCGUUGUUAAGUUUGAUAAAUGUUAGAUUUCUAUUCGCUAAUUUAAUGUCGGGAUAUCCCUGAAAUAUUUGCGAAAAAGACACUUUUAUAUUACUAAUUGUAGAUGCUGAGGGGAGCCGUUAAACUUGCGCAGACAGUCACUAAAAGCCGGCUUUCCAUUGCUCGUCCAGCCGCUACUGUAACAUACGAACCAAAGCCAGAUGAGGGGAACAAACAAUUAAAGGAAGGUGGGGCUUUCUAAGCAAUUUUUAUUUCAAUUUAGCUACUGUAUUCCAUAUUGAUCAAAAGAAAGUUGACCGUCUCACUGAGUUUGGUCGAUACGUUGCUAAAUGCCUCCCCAAAUUCGUCCAAAGAGUCCAAUUUGCGGCUGGGGAUGAGUUGGAGCUUCUUAUCCACCCUUCAGGCGUGAUCCCGGUCCUCACUUUCCUCAAAGGUCAUCACUCUGCCCAGUACACCAACUUCGUCUUUGCUUGUGGCGUUGAUGUUCCUACCCGCCAGAAUCGUUUCGAAGUUGUCUAUGGCCUUCAAUCCAUCCGUUUUAACUCAAGAAUUAGAGUUAGAACAUACACUGAUGAAGUAGAACCCUUGGAGUCGGCAUGUUCAGUCUUCAGUGGGGCCGAAUGGUAUGAACGAGAGGUAUACGAUAUGUAUGGAGUGUGGUUCAACAACCACCCCGAUCUUCGUCGCAUCCUGACCGACUAUGGCUUUGAGGGACAUCCAUUCAGGAAAGAUUUCCCUCUUUCUGGUUAUACCGAGGUAAACUGAUAAUUCUUUUAACCUUUAUACUACACACGAGUGAAGCUUCACGAUGCUGCUUAUAGAUUCGCUAUGAUCCCGAGCUCAAGCGUGUUGUCUACGAGCCUUCCGAAUUGGCUCAGGAGUUCAGAAAGUUUGAUUUGGAUACCCCAUGGGAGACGUUCCCUGCCUUUAGAGAUGCCCCGAUUACAUCUGGAUACAAAGUGGUUGACCUCAACGAAGAGAAAGUGGAGAAACCUACGGAAUAA